GGUUUCUAAGUGAAAUUAAAAACAAAAAUUAAAAAAUUAAAAAAAAACCAAAACAAAACACGGAAAAUCUCACUGCCCCAGUAAAGUCUCUUGCAAAGAGGUUUUGACUGUGGAAGCGAGGGCUAGGAACAAAGUUGUGGGGUGGAGGGGGAGGAGAGCAUGAUUGACAGCCCUGAGCUGAGACUCAUCCCUUACCUUGGGCCAUGCGGUCUGAUUGGCUGCCUGCUGACAUCCCCAAGCCCUGCACUUUUUAAUAGACGCUUUUGGAUGAUCUACAGGGAAAAGGCUUGGAGAGGUGUGUUUCUGACAAGCCAGAAAGUCAUCCGCACUACAAGGGACUUUGUUUAACUCUUUUUCUUUUUUUUUUUUUUUUUUUUUUUUUCCUGGAAGGAGGGAGAUUCUUCAUUUUCUCACUUAAUGUUUUUCUGAAAACUUCGCUGAGAUUUUCCCCUUGCACCAGCCUGGACUAAUGGAUUACCACCUGCUUGGACUAAUUUUAUCUUUUCUCUUCAAUGGCACAAAGGUCUUAGCCGGUUACCCAAUUUGGUGGUCCCUUGCACUAGGUCAGCAGUACAGCUCCCUGGGGUCCCAGCCCAUCCUCUGCGGCUCCAUCCCCGGUCUCGUCCCCAAGCAGCUCCGCUUCUGCCGCAACUACAUUGAGAUCAUGCCCAGCGUGGCUGAAGGGGUGAAGCUGGGCAUCCAGGAGUGCCAGCACCAGUUCCGGGGCCGCCGCUGGAACUGCACCACCAUUGACGACAGCCUGGCCAUCUUCGGGCCGGUCCUGGACAAAGCCACACGAGAGUCUGCCUUUGUCCACGCCAUCGCAUCUGCAGGGGUGGCCUUCGCUGUAACCCGCUCCUGUGCUGAGGGCACGUCCACAAUCUGCGGCUGUGACUCCCACCAUAAAGGACCUCCAGGAGAUGGCUGGAAAUGGGGGGGAUGCAGCGAGGAUGCCGACUUUGGUGUGCUGGUGUCCCGGGAAUUCGCAGACGCCCGAGAGAACCGGCCAGAUGCCCGCUCAGCCAUGAACAGACACAACAACGAGGCCGGCAGGACGACCAUCCUGGAUCACAUGCACCUGAAGUGCAAGUGCCACGGUCUCUCCGGAAGCUGCGAAGUCAAGACCUGCUGGUGGGCCCAGCCUGAUUUCCGGGCAAUUGGUGACUACCUGAAGGAUAAAUACGACAGCGCCUCUGAGAUGGUGGUUGAAAAGCACCGAGAAUCUCGGGGAUGGGUAGAAACUCUUAGGGCCAAGUAUGCUCUUUUCAAGCCACCAACGGAGCGGGAUCUGGUCUACUAUGAGAACUCCCCCAAUUUUUGCGAGCCCAACCCAGAGACGGGCUCCUUUGGGACGAGGGACAGAACGUGCAACGUCACCUCCCACGGGAUCGACGGCUGCGACCUGCUGUGCUGCGGUCGUGGCCACAACACCAGGACUGAGAAACGAAAGGAGAAGUGUCACUGCAUCUUCCACUGGUGCUGCUAUGUGAGCUGCCAGGAGUGUAUACGCGUCUACGAUGUCCACACCUGCAAGUAA